ACACGCUCUACUAUACAAUUUGAAGAAACCUAAAACGCAAUCACACAACAACACCAACCAAAUCAAGUUGGGAAAAAAAAUGGCACAAUUCCGCCAAAUAUUCAUUGUCUUGUCUAUCAUUUCUCCGUUAGUCACAUCUUUCACCGUGAUCACCUCCGACUCGACUGCUCCGUCGGCUCUGAUCGACGGCCCACAAACUGGAUUCACGAUGACCAACGACGGCGCUCGCACGGAGCCCGACGAGCAAGACGCCGUCUACGACAUUAUGCGAGCGACUGGCAACGACUGGGCUGCCGCGAUUCCUGACGUGUGUCGAGGCCGGUGGCACGGUAUCGAGUGUAUGCCGGACCAGGAUAACGUCUACCACGUUGUCUCUCUGUCGUUCGGAGCACUCUCAGACGACACGGCGUUCCCGACCUGUGACCCUGAACGCUCUUACGUCUCUGAGUCCCUCACGAGGCUUAAGCACCUUAAAGCCUUGUUCUUCUACCGCUGUUUAGGCCGCGCCCCGCAGCGGAUACCGGCUUUUCUUGGCCGCCUCGGCUCGAGUCUUCAGACGCUGGUUUUGAGGGAGAAUGGCUUUUUGGGCCCUAUCCCUCACGAAUUGGGCAACCUUACCAAUUUGAAAGUUCUUGAUCUCCACAGAAACAAUCUCAACGGCUCCAUCCCCUCCUCGUUUAACCGAUUCUCCGGUUUAACAUCACUCGAUUUGAGUGGCAACCGGUUGACUGGUUCGAUUCCCGGUUUUCUUCUUCCGCAGCUGAACGUUCUCGACUUGAACCAUAAUCUAUUAACCGGACCGGUUCCAUCCACAUUCGAGUCCUGUGGAUCGUUGAUCAAAAUCGAUCUUAGCCGAAACAGAGUCACUGGUCCCAUCCCGGACUCGAUUAACCGGCUUAACCAAUUAGUGCUUCUGGACUUGAGCUAUAACCGGUUGUCAGGCCCAUUCCCGCCUUCUCUGCAAGGGCUAAGCUCUCUUCAGGCUUUAAUGCUCAAAGGCAACACAAAAUUCUCAGCAACGAUUCCUGAAAACGCGUUCAAAGGGCUCAAGAACUUGAUGAUUCUUGUUCUCUCCAAUAUGAACCUUCAGGGCUCCAUUCCGAAAUCGUUGACUCGCUUAAACAGUCUCCGGGUCCUUCACCUGGAGGGCAACAAUCUAACCGGAGAGAUUCCUUUGGAGUUUCGGGACGCUAAGCAUCUAAGCGAGCUCAGGCUCAACGAUAACAGUCUGACAGGUCCAGUACCGUUCGAGAGAGACACAGUGUGGAGGAUGAGGAGAAAGCUGAGGCUGUAUAACAAUGCUGGUUUGUGUGUCAACCGGGACAGUGACUUGGAUGAUGCAUUCGGUUCAACAUCUGAUUCAAGUCUCAGUACGUGUGAUGGAGAAACACCGAGAACAGGUCCUUCCGGUACGGUCCAGCAUCUAUCUAGAGAUGACGGUGAUAUGCCGGACGGAGUUACGGGCGUGUCAAGCGGUUCCAAGUCUUUGGGGUUCUCCUAUCUUCCUGCAUUCUUUCUUCUGUUCAAUUUCAUCUCUAUGCUAAUUUGAGGGAUUAUAAAACUGCUGUAAAUAUUUCCGAGUUUAUUGUUAGAUGCUUUUUCUCCUUUUAUUCAAAAAGAAUUAAAAAUGAUCUUCACCUUCAUAAUUACAUAAAAUUCAUUCUAUCGUUAUGUACUCAGUUACCGAUUUGUUCUUCAUGUGUUUUUAUGCUCUGUUUUAACUUCCAUGUAUGGAACAAUUGGCUUUAUUUUUUCAUUAUGGGAAAGAAAAACCUAUGAACACAUACUAGUGAAUUGCAUCAGAUGUGCCCAUGCAACAGAUUCAAUAGUGUUUGAUUCUAGUGGCAAAACAUUGUUUUAAGAUUUAGGGACGUUACUAUCUACCUCAAAA